AUGCCAUUGAUCACAUUUACAGGAUUGCCAUGUUCGGGUAAGACGAAAUGGGCCAAGGAACUCAUAGGUGAACUUGAAAAGAGGAUCCAAACAGCCCAGGAAUCCAGUGCUCCCGGACACAACUACAAGAUUGUCUACCACUCUGAUGAAACGCUAGGUAUAAACCAUGAUUCCUACAAGGAGUCAGUUACGGAAAAAAGUGCUCGUGGUACUCAGAUGUCUGCUGUUAAAAGAGACUUGUCGAGAACAUCCUUUGUCAUUCUUGACUCUCUCUCGUACAUAAAGGGCUUCAGAUAUCAACUCUUUUGCGAGGCCAAGGGUGUAGUGACCCCACAUUGUGUCAUUCAUGUGGUCAGCUCUUUGGACAAGUGCCUUGAAAGAAACGAAACUUCUGAGAACAAAUGGGACCCAGAGGUGAUAAAGCAGCUUCAAAUGAGAUACGAAGAGCCAAAGGACGAUACAAGAUGGGACUCCCCGUUGUUCGUCUUGGUAAAUGAUUACGAGAACGAAACUCUACCAGUUGAAGAAAUCUGGAAUGCCCUUGUUUUGAAAAGAGCACCUCCACCAAACGCUGCUACACUCGUGAAGCCCACUUCCAGCAAUGACUACUUGCAACAAUUAGACAAAGUGACACUGGAUGUUAUCUCCAAGUGUCUUCAACAGCAACAGCUCGCUGGUGCAGGUGGACAGGUUCGUAUCAGUGAUGACUUGUCUAUCGAUUUACCUAUACAAAUUGUUAGCACCCCACAGUUCCAAAGGAUAAGAAGGACAUUCAUCUCGCUUAAUAGAAUGCGCCAUAUCGAUUCCGACCGAAUCCUUCCUAUGUUUGUCGACUACGUCAAUUCUACCUUUGAAAAUGAAGACUGA